AAAAAGAUAAGAAAGUGACUGUGAUGUGACUGCAAAAAAUAUAUGCUAUCUAUAGCUGAUUUUACAAGAGAAAUCCCCCUCUGGGUUUGGCAAGUCACACAAACAUGAGGGUUUUAUUGACCUUGUUAGUGUACACUCAACUUCUUGCAACUAUAUUAUUUUCUGUAUCUAUUUCAUUACCAAAUGAAGCAUACCCAUCUCCAUGUGAUGAUGAUGAAGCUUCUUGUUUUGAAAAGACCCAAACUUUACAACCAAUCAGAAGAGAAAUUUAUGGGAAUGGUAGAAUUAUUGAUAUUACACAUAGAUUGACACAAAAGACACUUUGUGGGCAUCCAAUUAAGCUUGUAGAUUUACUGACACUAUCUUCAAAUAUGAGGAAUGGGUCACUUUAUAAUUUCUCAGUUAUGAAGUUACCUCUUCAUGCCGGUACUCAUGUUGAUGCACCAGGGCAUAUGAUUGCUGAUUAUUUUGAUGCUGGCUUUGAUGUUGAUACUCUUGACUUAGAUGUGCUCAAUGGUCCUGGUUUGUUAGUUGAUGUUCCAAGAGAUUCAAAUAUAACAGCUGAAGUUAUGAAGUCCUUAAAUAUCCCCAAAGGAGUUAGGCGUGUACUUUUUAGAACACUAAACACCGACAGGGGACUAAUGUGGAAGGAGGAGUUUGACUCAAGCUUUGUGGGUUUCAUGAAGGAUGGGGCACAGUGGCUAGUGGAUAACACUGACAUAAAACUUGUUGGGACUGAUUAUUUAUCUGUUGCUGCUGCUGAUGAUGCGAUUCCUGCUCACGUCGUAUUCCUUGAAGGAAGAGAAAUCAUUCUAGUUGAAGGCUUAAAACUAGAUGAUGUGAAAGCCGGAUUAUAUAAUAUCCACUGCUUGCCACUAAGAUUGGUGGGUGCAGAGGGAUCUCCUAUAAGAUGCAUUCUUAUAAAAUGAUGCAACUCUUCUGAGGCGUUGCUUCUGGCGGAGAUUUGUUGAUAGAGCAUGAGAUUUCUUAUUAACUGAUGAAAGUCUUAUGAGUUCCAUGUUUCAACGGUUCUUCAAAGACUGUGGUAAGGCUACAGUGUACUUGGUGAUGGGCGUUCAAUCUCUCAUAGUAUCUUGUUUUUUCAUUAUUCAGCAUCCGUUGAUUCGUUGUUAUUUAAUGAGUCUUCACUUGUAAGACAUGAUUUCAUAUAAUUAUAUUUUGACACU